UCCAGAUCAGUAACAGUCUUUCCAAUAAGAGAACAGACUUUGCAACAGAAGCUUUUUACUUUGUCAAGGACAAGGACCCUGUCGAGUUUGAUUUUUAUGUCAAUCGAAAAUUGUCUGAUUUUAUUUAAACUUAAAGUUACAGAUGAAGCUCAACCAUAUUUUAGUUUGUGAUGUUCAACUCCCACGAAGCAGACACAUUUAUGUGAUUCAAAGAACUGAAACAACUAAAGCCUUUGACUGGUAGGUCAGACAAGGAAUUUCCUUGAAUGAUUAGAUGGCUGUCAGUGAGUGUUACAUCAAAAAGAAUGAAACAGCAGCUUGUCAGAUAGCCUUCCAGCUAAUUAGCUCCCAAAACUACAAACGUAGGCAAGCCAGGGAUAAGAACCCCUGGUUGGCUUUUCAGACUACUCAAUGUCUGAUUGGCAGAUGUAUACAAGAAAUCUUACCAGUCCAUACUGCCUCAUUGGACUUCCACAGAAGCUCAGUGCAGAGCCAGAGUAAUUCAGGCAUGUGGGUAGUGCGUAUAUGUUAUCUGAAGAAGACAGACGCAAGAUGGAUAACACUGUGAAAUCUCUGCAAGAUAUAGUCUCCUCAUUGUUGCCUGAGAAAAAUCCUGCAUUUGGCUUUAAAGAUUUGAAUGUGGUAGAAACUUUGCAAGAGUUUUGGGAGAAGAAAAGAAAUCAAGGAGCUGUUUUUAAGAAUGGAAGCCUUGUGGUAUAUGAAUCAGUGCCAUCUUCUGCUGCUCCAUAUGUGUGUUAUGUCACUCUGCCAGGAGGCAGUUGCUUUGGCAGCUUUCAGUACUGUUUAACCAAAGCUGAUGCCAGACGAGAUGCAGCCAGAGUAGCCCUGGUGAACUCUGUCUUCAACGAACAGCCAUCUCGCAUAAUCACAAUGGAAUUCAUCAGAAAUAGCAUGGAGGAAGCAAUGGACUCAGUUUGUGGCAGUACCAAGGAUGCCCUGGAUCCAAGCACAAGUAUUGGGGCUUAUUACCGCAUGCUGGAGGCAAAUAGAGGAAAAACAAUGUUGGAAUUUCAGGAAUUGAUGACAGUCUUUCAACUGUUACACUGGAAUGGAAGCUUGAAAAUUCUGAGAGAAAGGAAGUGUUCCCGACAGGAUGUAAUUUCGUAUUACUCCAAUCAAGCUCUGGAUGAUUGUUUGAGAAGUCAGAUGGCACUAGAUUGGCUUAUGAAGGAAAAUAAAACACCAGGAAUUAUCUCCGUGGAGCUCCAAUCUACACUCAAAGACCUAGAGAGAGCCAGGGAAACUGGCCGUGAGUUGCGGUUCCACAAAGAACGGAAAGAAAUUCUGAUGCUGUCUCUCAGUCAGAUUGGAUCAGAAUCCAACAAUCAUCAAAUGUGUGAACAGACUUUAUGUGAUUUUAAUUUGUUGGGUUUGUGCAACAUAAUGCAAUUUAUUCAGGAAAGGAAUUUAUAAAGGUAAUUUAUAAUUUAUAAUAUUGUGAUUUUCUUGGUACAAUGAAACUCGACUUAACACAAAAAUGAUCAGCGACCAACCCCUGAAUUGCUUUGGAGACUGUUAUGACCUGAAUUAGGAGUUGUAAUGAGUCAUGGCGGUAAUAUGUCUUUUAAUUAAUCCAGGAAUAAUCUGCACAAAGAAAUUCAGUGAGUGUGAAUAUUCAACAUGAUUUAUUUAUCCUAUUAAUUAUUCAUGUUAUUAUGUUUACAUUAUCAUUGAUAUGUUAAUUGUGUCAUAAAUGCAUCUUGCUUCACAUAAUAAAAUGUAAAUUUGAUAGAUUAGCAAAGGUUUCAAGCAAAACCAAAUCGAGUUUAUUGCAUAUGCACGUGACUAGUGAAGCACAGGUACAAUAAAAAUCUUGCUGGCAGCAGCAUCUUGGGCAAACAGACAUACAACACUCAAAAACAAAAAACGUACAUAAACUAUACUGCGCGAAAAGAAAGAGACUUUGCAAAAAAACAAAAAAAAUAUAUAUAUUAGUACAAAGCAAAAUGAUAAAAACAAGUCCAUUGAAGUACAAAAGGUGGUCUAUAGUGUUAUUUGUGAGGUUGGAUUUUGUGUUUGAGAACCUGAUGGUUGUAGGAAAGUAGGUGUUUCAGAAGCCAUUGGGACGAGGUUUCUGUGUGUCCUAGGUUAGCAGUGAGAACGGUUGGUGGGAUCCUUAAUUUUAGAUGCCACCUUCUUGAGGCAAUGCAAUGCUUUUCAUGGAGAUGGAAAGCCUCAAUGCGAUGCUUUUCAUGGUGGGGAAGGCUGUGCCGUGAUGGUCUGGGCUGAGUCCACCACUCUAUGGAGCCGCUUACAUUCCUGUGCAUUGGAAUUUGCUUAUGAGGGCAUUUUGCAACCAGUCAGGAUACAUUCCACAGUGCACCUGCAGAAGUUUGUUAGAGUAUUCAAUGACAAGCUAAAUCACUUCAAACUUCUAACAAAGUAAAGGCACUGGCACUU